UUCACCGAAAAAAAGCCUCACAAGUGCUGGGUAAAUGAUUUUAUAAUACAGUCGGUAGUCAUCUGGGUGUGGACCUCCUGAAAAGAAUCGUGUAACCUUUAAUGAUGCUAGUGGCCUGGUAUGGGCGGAAACUGCAUUCCUCACAGGACAGUCGUCCACUCUAACCCAAUUUUCGCCCUGCGUUUGCGCCCUUUCCUAGCUCUGUCGCUGCGGAAGCGAGCAAUGUACACGGGAAUGUAGCAAGAGAAUUUAAGGUGGCCGACACGUUUUGUAGUGUGUUUGAUCUGAUGAAUCGGGUGUCGGGGUGCCUUGCGAAGUCAGUGGAGAGGGGAAAGAGGAGGGAGGUUAUUGGUUUUCCUUCGACGCUAUCAUUCUGGAAUUGCGGAUUGUAUGGUGUCAUAGAGGGAGAGAGAAAGUCACUGUGCUUUCUAGACCAAGAGACAGAUUCUACGCCGUUUUUAACAGAAUUUUUGGAGUCUCGAAUGCAGCAACAUUACGGCUUUCAUCUCGCGACUGCGUUAUUUUUUCUACCGACAGUUUCCUCGUGGAUUUAAAGAUAAAUUUCAGAUUAAUUUGAUCGAAAGUUGUUUAUCAUCUAAAGCUGGUGUUGGGUUGUGACGCAAGUAUGUGCGGUUUUUUCCGCAGCGUUUUAUGGCACCCUAUAUAUAUUUUGAUACGUUUAAUUAGGUUACCGGGUAGAUAUUUACGAGGGCACGAGAGUUCACCGAGAAUUGUAGACAGGCGUGAUUACAUCGCAUUAAAAAUUGGCUCGGAAUCUCCGUCACAAGAUCCCUUGCAGACUGGAUCUGUGAAUGAGAAUGAGAUGCGGAAGUUGCAGAGUGAAGUUACGGAGCUCCAGCGACUAUUGAAUAGCAAGACAACUGAGAAUGCCCAUCUGAAGAGAGUCGUGGAGCUUGGGAACUCGCAAGAAUACAACGGCGGCGAAUCCUUCUUGGAAACAGAAGCCACUCCACACCUUCUACACAAAGCUGUGGAUAGAGUGAACACGACAUCGGGCAUCCUCACCAAGUUUUUGAUGCAAGCCUUGAAGAAUAGUGGCGUGAAUUGCUCCAGUGUGGCCAAGGCGUUGGUGCCAUCCGUUGUAUUCGAAAGAGAUGGUCAUACCAAGUUCGUGUACCAAGCGCUCGUCUGUGAUGUUCUGUUUGACCAGUUUGAGAAUGAUAGCUUCCACAUUGAGGACAAUGCACCAGAUACUCUAGACUCCGAGACUCGUAUGAAAGAUAACUUCGAGCGGUACAAACAGUUAAACGAUUUGGAGAAUCCUGAAGAACUUGUUUACGAUGAUGCAGCCGAUAAUGACUUUCGCAGGUUCUGCAACAAGAAGCAAAUAGAUUUGAUUGCUGCUCUCUCCCGAACCGGCGCCCCUGGUGUUGAAAACGUGGGAGUUCUGGUCUUCGGUAAAGUAUUUGGGCCAGAUGGUAUUAGAAGACAGGAGUUGGCUACGUCUGUAACAGAGGUCAAAUCAGCCUCGAGCUUUAUCAAACUCGCGCUCUCUGUUUUUCUUGUACACAAGCUUGCAUUCGCAUUGCGUCCAACAGCCGAGAUCUUCCGACCGACAAGGAAAAUGAAGUUCAACCGGAACUACAUGGAAUCUAUUCUGAUGUCGACAGAAGAGAGUGACGAUGAUGAAGGCGACAAUUCUCCCAUCGUGUUCGGUGUUGGCUUUACAAUAGUUCCAGGGUUUAAGGUUAACAGAAUUGUCGUUCACAGCAAAGUUUAUAAGGUCAGAAGAGCAUGAAGAUCUAGGAUUACUCACACUUACUGCACUGUUUUAAGUGAUUCAGUGGCAUUGAGUAGAUGCUUCAUUGAUCCUGAAGAAAAGCUGAUAACGAGCACAUUCGAUGCACAUUCUUGUACCACUAUCCUUCAUGUAAUGUCGGUGUGCAAGGCAUUCGUUAUUAUAUCACCUCGAAUGCUUGUUUGAAUUUUUUUAA